AUGGCUAUGCUCGACCGACGGUUGAAGCGUAUGGAGGAACGGCUAAUCAAGAAUGUGCCAAAGGAAGAGGUCAGUGCUGUGCUUAGCACUACGGGGAGGUCUGUUGUAAGGCCAAGUAUUUCAACAGCUAGCGCAAGGUCCGGUGCUUCAGCAAGGAAAAGGACGGCCGCAACGGCAUUUGGGGAUGAGUUGGAUAUGUGGGCCAGAGGAGAUGGCUCAACUGCACGGAAGGGGAUAGGCAUGCCGGAGACGUGGGGCGAUGGCCCUUUGGGGAGGGUAGGUCGAACAAUAGAUGUCGACGACGGGAAUCAUGCCCUGCCUCCGAAAGAUAUUCAAGAACAUCUAGCAGAAGUUUUCUUUGAUUAUGUCUACGGCCAGCCAUAUUUCCUACUGCACAAACCUUCAUUCAUGAGGCGAUUACGGAGUGGAACCGCGCCGCCGGUAUUAAUUCUCGCUGUCUGUGCCGUAUCGGCUCGGUUCUCUAGGCAUCCAGCUGUACGCCAUGAUCCCCCCUUUCUCGCCGGGGAGGCGUUUGCGAGCGAGGCUCGACGACAGAUAUUAAAGAAAUUUGAUACCCCAAAUGUCACCAAUGUUACUGUCUGUGUAUUGCUAGGUCUUCAUGAAUUCGGUACAUGUCAGGGAGGCCGAAGCUGGGCAAUGGGCGGGAUGGCCACCCGCAUGGCGCAUGCAAUACAAUUGCAUAAAGAAGCAAAUAGCGACCCACUCGGAAAGCCACACUCAAGGCCAGCUGGCGAUUAUUUCCACCAAGACGAAGGGGGAUAUAUGUCCUUUGUCGAUAGAGAAAUCCGCCGGAGGAGUAUGUGGUCUUGCUUCAUCCUGGACAGGUUUACUUCAUCGGGGACGGAAAGGCCACAUUUGAUCGCCGAGUCGGAAGUUGAGAUUCAACUGCCGGUACAUGAUAGGAAUUUGGAAUUGGAUAUACCAGCGGUGACAGAGCAGCUUGACGGGACAGUGAAGGGUUCUGUGGGAGAGGUUGGUGAUGCCACUGAAUGUAUGGGGGUUGCGGCCUAUAUGGUGAGAGUUGUGGCUCUUUACGGAAGAGUUGUAAAAUAUCUUAACCAGGGGGGCAAAGACCGCGACCCUUGUGAAAUUUGGGAGCCAAAUUCCCAGUUUACAUCCCUUAACAAGGAGAUAGCCCGAUUUGAAGAGAACCUACCUAGUCGUUUCCGAUAUACUCCCGAAAAUAUGCAGGUUCAUAUCACAGAGCGUCUCGUUGGCCAGUUCGUUUUCGUGCAUAUUGCCCUUCACCAAGUACGACUCUUUCUCAACAAAUCAGGAGUUCCAACGCCUACCCCCCAGCGCCAGAGCACCCCUCUAGAGUUCGGAAAGAAGGCGGGGGAAAUCGCCCUGUCCUCGGCGACCGAGAUAUCACGAAUACUUUUGGAUGCCGAGGAACGUGGAGUGAUUGUGGUGGCUCCUUUCACGGGGUAUUGCGCAUUCAAUGCUAGCAUGGUGCACAUGGUGCGGAUGUUCUCAUUCUCUAAUAGAAGAGAGAUACAGGAGGAAUCGAGAAACAAUAUGCAGAUAUGUCUAAGGUUCUUGAUGCGACUAAGACAAUAUUGGGGUCUCUUCCAUGCUUUAACAGAUAAUCUCAAGAGAUUAUACCGUAAACUUGCCGACUCCCUUGCACGGGGUUCGUCGUUCCCUGAAGAAACCACCCGAACGUUGCAGUAUGGAGACUGGUUUCAAAAGUACCCACGAGGGGUGAGCGCUGGCGACUACGAAGUAGAAAUGACAUCAAAGCCCCAUACUUCAGACGAGGCCUCCACCCAAGACGCUGUGCUGAGCCAAAAGUCAAAUCUUCAAACCGCAGACGAGUUCUUUGCAAGGUUAGGACCAUCGAGACAGAAGCGGCCUCCAGCUGCCCCUCCUGCUCCAGCCCCUCCCCCUCCCAGGGUUCAAACACAGUCUUACACUCGCGCAUCUCCCUCGAUACACACACAGGGGCCCACGACUAUACAUCCUGGGAGCUCACCUACCACUUCCUUGCAUCACAGCCAAUCACCCGAAGCACAUCACUCACCAAUGGGUGCGUCUCCUGCAACAAUUCCCGCUCCAGCAAUGGCUCAAGGUCACAGUGAGAUGGAGGGGAAGCUGGACCCCCAACUACUAAGCCCACCGCAGAUAUCCAAACCGCAAAGCAUGUCCCGGCGAACAAACAUCUACCGCACAAACUAUCAGCGGCAAACCCAAAGUACCCAACAUCACCCAGCAAUCCCCUCCUUGGUGCCAGAUAUAUCCUCGCAUCAAGUUCCGUAUCCCAAUUAUCCCAGUACCCUGCCCAGGGGUCCUGCAGGUGUGGAUACAGGAGGGAUGGGUAUGCAUCACCCCCAGCCCCAUCAAUCGCACUCGGCGCAUCAAGAACACCACCCUCACCACCAUCAGCAACAACAUUCUCAAAGUGGGCCUUCCCAAUAUCUCCUUUACGACCUGUACUCUUCGGGAUCAGAUCCCACAUUCAUGAUGGCCGCAACCUCGCUUAACAGCGGGAUCUGGCCCGAGCUCCAGGGCCAAGCGAGUGGAGCGGAUGUGGAUGCCUUUACGGAACAGCCGAGCAGCGCGUGGUUCCUGCCGUUCAACUCGUGCCCUCCGAAUUUCGAGUCAGGAAUUGGGGGGAUGGGAAGCAUAGAUAUCACGGGAGACGGCGGAAGCAGAGCUGGCGCUGGUGCAGCAGCAGCAACGGUAACGGUGACGGGAGGUGGUGUCCCGGGGGCAGGUGGAGAUGACGGAGGUGGAGGUGGUGGAAGAAGUGGUGGAGAAAGUGGAACUGGGGGUGGGUUGCCGCAUCUAAUAUCUGGAAGCGGACAGGCCCUUCAGGGAGGAGGAGGAACCGGCCCGAGUGCCACUGCAUAUCAUGAUCACAAUGUACGAUUAUAAAAAAUGAGGAAAAUUAAAGCCUGAAUGAACGGCUCUCGAAAA